GGGGGUGGGGGCGCCCCUUUGUGCGGUCCCGCGCGCUGCGUCAAGGCGGGGCGCACGCACGGCGGCCGCGCACGGGAACCCCCGGGAGCGCGGGGAGGGCGCGGGGGCGCCGCCUCAGCCAUUGCUGCGCGGGCGACGGAGCGCGCGGACUGCGGGCGGGCAGGGCGCAGCCUCGAGGCCCCGGCACGAUGGUGAAGUUGGGAAGCAGUUUCGCGGAGAAGGGCGCCAAGCAGCCGCUGCUGGAGGAUGGCUUCGACACCAUCCCGCUCAUGACGCCCCUGGAUGUCAGUCAGCUGCAGUUCCCGCCCCCGGACAAGGUGGUGGUGAAAACCAAGACAGAGUACGAGCCGGAGCGCAAGAAGGGCAAGGCCAGGCCGCCCCACAUCGCCGAGUUCUCGGUCAGCGUCAGCCGGGGCGUCAGUGAGAGGUUCAAGGUCUCCGUGCUGGUCCUCUUCGCCCUGGCCUUCCUCACCUGCGUUGUCUUCCUGGUCGUCUACAAGGUGUACAAGUACGACCGCACCUGCCCCGACGGCUUUGUCCUCAGGAGCACGCAGUGCAUCCCCGAGGGCCUGGAGAGCUACUACACGGAGCAGGGCGCAAGCGUGCGCGAGAAGUUCUACACGGUCAUCAACCAGCGUGGCCUGGCCAAGCAGAGUGUCACCCGUGCCGUGUCCCCCUGGAUGUCGGUGCUGUCCGAGGAGAAGCUGUCUGAGCAGGAGACGGAGGCCGCCGAGAAGUCGGCCUAGCGCGGGCGGGCCGCCCCUUAGAAACGUCCCUCAUCUGUCCAUCGCUUGUCCGCCGACACCGCUUUGCAAAUAGCCGGGCUGCUCGCGCCCGAGGCCGCCCAUCCCGUGCACGUCGGCGGGGCCUGAUGUGUGGUCCCUCCCGGGGUGGGAACCUGCACUCAGCUUCAUGCCGGGGGCCGGGGGCGCUGGUGGCCGUCACAAGCCAGGGCCCCCGAUGUGCUAGGCCCGGACUCCGAGGCCCGUGGGCACCCCCCAUCUUUGAGCCCCAGAGCCGGCGGCCAUGGCUGCUUGGGGCGCUGGUGGUUCUCCUGGCCCAGCCCCCCAGCCCCCUCCUGGGUGACAGGUAACCUGGUCCUCAGGUGUCCCUGGAGGUGUCCAUGGGGGGGAUGGCCCUGGCCCCUGUAGUGUGUUUGCUCGGAGGGGGGGAGGGAGGGGCCCGCCAUUCCCGCUGAGUCGGUUCCCGGUCUCGGCUGGCUGGCUGGAGUCCCGCUGGGGGGGCUGGGGGGCAGCUGCAGCUCCUGUGACCCCUCUGCUGCCUCGGGCGGCGGGUCGGGCGCUUGCAUCUCUUCAUGUCAUUUGAAUGUGUUGUUUCGGGGGUCUGUCCCAGGUCUCACUGUUCUCAGUAGAUGAAAAAAUAAACGAACGACUCGUGUGAGA